GCCAUUUUGAGUCCGUUUUGAAGAGAGAAAAAUAACUUUUGGAACUGCAUCGCGAUUUCUUUUUCGUUUUCUAAACUUGUCUUUUAGUUUUGAUUCUAGAGAAAACGAAAGCCCAGCCUAGCAACACCAAGAGUAUUUGACAGAUCGUCAUYAUUAUUUGAGCAAAAAAGAGCGACAAGAAUAGCAUGAUAAAAUCCUGACGGGACGCAAAAUAUUGAAGUCCAACUCGAACGGAAGUCAGCAAGAUCGUUGCUUUAACCGUCCGAAAACUUCAAUCAGAACGUGAACUCUUGACUAAAUCGCCUUAUUAGAGCCCUGCGAGUUUACGCCGCUGUGUUAUGAGGCUUGAAAAACUGUACUGAAUUGACAGAGAUUUAGAAAAUGUCUCGGAAUUCUAAGAGGCAUAGCGCGAACCGUGGCUCGACAGGAUCUGAAAUUGCUCGCUCGACUUUGAAAGUUUUUCUGUCUAAUGGUGAUUCAAGGUCCGUAAAAUGCGGCGAAGCAACGGAUAUAAAGGGUAUAAUUCACCUGGUCAUAGGUAGCCUUGGCGCAGAUCCUAUAGUAAUAGGUGACUAUUACGGUAUCAAACUUGAGCAUGUGAACACAGAGGAGUCAUUCUGGCUGAACUGUAAAUCAACAGUAGCUGAAGUCCGUGGUAAACAUGAAGCAUUGUAUCCAGCAGAUGAGUGGAAGUAUCUGCUUAGGGUGAGGUACCUCCCUGUAGAUUAUAAUAAAUUAUACCAAACAGACAAAGUCACAUUUUUCUAUUUUUAUGACCAGGUCAAAAAUGAUUAUCUUAAGCAUAAGAGUGAUACUGAAGAUCACGAGACUGCAUUCAGAUUAGGAGCACUGGAAAUGAGACGAUAUUUCAAGGACAUGCCACAGAUAGCUCUUGAUAAGAAAUCCAAUUUUGAAUACAUAGAAAAAGAAGUAGGACUUACAAAAUUCAUUCCAAAAGAAGUUCUGGACAGCAUGAAGUCCAAGGUUCUGCGCAAGACAAUCCAUGGCCACUUCAAGCAAUAUGCGUCCUUAACAGAGGAAGAGUGCUGUUGCAAAUUCUUUGAACUUUUAUCCAGAAUUUACAGAUUUGAUGUGGAGACAUUCAAAUGCUCAUUAGGGACUGGUUGGUCAAUACCAGUUGAUGUCGUAAUAGGGCCAAGGGAUGGAAUCAGUUACAGAGCGGAACAAGGAUCUAUUAUCACCCAUAUGGCUAGUUUCAACCAAAUCCAAUCUAUAUCAGUUACUCGUAUACCACUUAUACCCACGCCAGUCCAGACAGACAAACAAAAAGCUACUGUCAGCCUCAAAGUCUCUGGUGCUGCUGAGUCCUUAGUAUUUACUACAUCAUCGAUAGCCAAAGCAGAGGAGAUGGCUGAUCUUAUUGAUAAUUACUGCAUGAUUAAUGGAGGCAGUAAACAUUCACUAGUGUUCAAAAGACUAGACCCAGACAGAACACUUCCCUCAAUCCCAAAAGAAGAAAAGAAAAGCUCACCUGUCCAUCCUCCACUUAGAGCAACCCUCAGUGGAAGCAAACAAAAUGUCACUAAUAACACUCCAGAGAAGAGAGGUUCAAGAAGCUCUGUGGGAAGUACAGGCCGAACCAAUGGAGAAUUUGAUGACUAUGCAGAGAUUGUAGAUGACGAUGACUAUGCUGAUCCUAUAGCAGCACGCAAACAUCCUGUUCACAGUAUAUGGUAUCGUAAAGCAAAAGAUUAUGAAAUCCCAAGAAGCAAGAUUACAUUAGGUUUGACUAUAGGUCAUGGACAGUUUGGUGAUGUACAUCGCGGCACCUACAGUACUUCUGGUGAUUCCAGUAUACAAGUUGCUAUCAAGACGUGUAAGAGCACAGAAACAAGAGAAAAAUUCCUUGAAGAAGCAUACAUAAUGAAGCAGUUUGACCAUCCACACAUCAUCAAACUUAUUGGAGUUUGCAUGGAAGAAAAUUUCUUUAUCGUCAUGGAACUUGCUACAUUUGGAGAGAUGAGGAGUUACCUACAGAAACACCACCACCAGAUCAAUCUAGAGAUAUUAUUGAAUUACAUCUUUCAGCUUAGUACAGCUAUGUCUUACUUAGAGAGCAAAAACUUCGUACAUCGUGAUAUUGCAGCAAGGAAUGUCCUCGUCUGUUCACACAAAUGUGUAAAGCUGGCUGACUUUGGUUUAUCAAGAUGGAUAGAGGAACAAACAUAUUACAAAGCUUCAAAAGGAAAACUCCCCAUCAAAUGGAUGGCACCAGAAUCCAUCAACUUCAGAAGAUUUACCUCUGCCAGUGACGCCUGGAUGUUUGGCGUUUGUAUAUGGGAGAUUCUGAUGUACGGUAUCAAGCCAUUCCAAGGAGUCAAAAACAAUGAAGUUAUUGGUAAAAUCGAGCAAGGAGAACGACUACCCCUCCCCCAUAACUGCCCUCCAGCCCUGUACCAUUUGAUGACUGAGUGUUGGUCUUAUGAACCUUCAAAAAGACCCACCUUUCAAGACAUCAAAACUAGACUAAGUGUUAUCGUUCAAGAAGAAAGAUUCCAGGCUGAGGAAAAGAUGAGAAGAGAAUCAAGAAGAAUACAUGCUAUGUCAGUAGGUUCGGCUGAGGGAAUCGCACCACCAAAGCCUCUAAGACCAGGAAUAUCUCCCCUUCCAACACCCAUGUCGUCUGGAGCGUCCACUCAUGACAGCAGUUCAGGAUUUACUAGUCCAAGAGGUUUUCCGUAUUCCAGACGUGACUCGGGUUCCCCCAGAUCCCCAACUUCUCCAAACAGUAACACUCUUCCUCGUUCACACAAGUCGUUCCAUGAGUCCAGCGGAAUGAGAGCGUUAUCAGGACAGCCCUCGCGACACUCGGUCAGCGGUUGCAACACUUUACCUCGCAACUACAAGCCAUUGAGUCCAUUAUCCAGCCCUACGUCACUGGAUUCCCCUGGAAUGACAUUACCRACUGCCGAAGAUCUAGAACGAAUGGAAGAAGAAGAACGAAAAGAAAUGGAAAAACUCGAACAGCAGAUGAUUGACAAGAGGCUGACCAAACAGAGACUGGACUCCGUGGCUGACAGCAAGUGGCUUGAACAGGAAGAAAUGAACAUAGAACUACCUCGAUCACCUGUGUUAUCACCCAAGCAUACUCCACAGUUACCUUCACCAGAGGAACCGCUGUCAUCCACUGUAGAGUCGUACAACCCACAGGGAUUCGCUUCUAUCUUCAAGCAAGGAAAUGUCGCCAAAGAAUCUCAUAGUACAGCUACUAAACCAGCAGGUCCCCUGGCCGCCACCAUCGGCGAAGACACGCAGACAAACCAGAACGCCCCACCGGCCAAGCCGCCACGAGAUAUCAACGAAGACAGAUCGAGCGACAAAGUGUUCAUGACUACUACUACGGUGGUACAGUCAGUGAUUGACCUGAACACUGGCCUGCCCUAUGCUAGAUGUGAAGACUAUCCACAGUUUGUCAAGACUAUUGGUGUCGCUUUAAGAAGUCUUCUUUCUGAAGUUGACAGUGAGAUCCAAAGCUUACCUUCAAGUUCACAUAAAGAGAUCGAAAUGGCUCACAAAGUACUGUCCGCGGACAUGGGUGAACUCAUAAACUCAAUGAAACUCGCUCAGAAAUACAGCACAACUACACUAGACCAGGAAUACCGCAGAGGAAUGUUAUCAGCUGGACAUGUGCUAGCAGUGGACGCCAAGCACUUGUUCGAUGUUGUAGACACCGCAAGAAAACAAGGUCGAAGAAGCUCACCCACGACUGUGUCAAACAGCGACAAGUAGGGGGAUAAUGUUAACUAUCAAUAGGAAAAAACGUAUUUUUCGAGGAAUAGUUGCUGCUUUUUUUAAACAGAAUUUAUGAAAAAAGUUUGCAAAUUUCCUGGUGAAAUCUUAAAAUCCAAAAAUGAUUUUCACUUAAAGCAAUUCCUGGAUGACCAAGAAGGCGUAAGCAUGUUUAUGGCGUAUACGUUACCUUAUGCAGUCCUCUUAAAGUCCUGAAUUUCAGCUCCGUKUUUUCUUUGGAGAGAAUUCUGAGAAGAAAACAGCUCAAAGAACAUGUUUAAAUAGAAUACUUUUAUACCACGAGAAAACUAUUUUUGUUAAAAAAUUCUUUCAAUAAUCCAUUUGUACCACCGCUCCCUCUAAAUGUUCAACCUAACACGUGAUCUGGAAGCAGAAUUUCGAGAUAUUUAUAGUAUUAUAGACAACAACUGAAGCAAAUAGGACAGGAAUUUUUCAUAACAGACGGGUAACAUGUUGGUUCAGACAUUCAACAUUACAUUGCUUUAUAACAAACACUUGAGUCAAUUUGUGUUGAGAAAAAGAAAUGUUACCCAAAGUGAACGACAGUUGAGUUCUUAGUUGCUUGGUGAGAGAAUAAAUCUGCAAGAGCGUCCCAGUCAGAUAGUGUAAGAACAUGCUAGAACUAAACUUUUGAGGCUCAUUCAAAUCUGAUUUCAUUAGGCGUGGUCAUACACCUCUGUCCAUCCCUUCAGUGUGGCAGAAAGUAGAAAAGGGUGAUGUUGCAUGCAUUGCUGCAUCKUGCAGGAGUCAGGGUCUUUAGUAUUCUCCUUUCGUAACCUGCAUUACGUCUAGUURGCCGGCUCUUAGGCUGGUGCUGUUAUGUUYGUCACGCAAUGUUUCUCUUUUUGGGGAGAAUCAUUGCAUUCWCCAUUUUCCAUACAUCGGUUCACUGGUCAAACACAAAGCGUUCACUCGAGGUUGCAAGGUUCAAAUUUGAAUAAUCCAUUAAAAGUACCUUGGUGCCUCGCUUGAGCGCUUUGUGUUUGAMCAGUGAACCGAUGUAUGGAAAAUGGYGAAUGACGAYCCUGGCUAAUGUGUAGUGGACAUGCUGAACAGCUAAUCAAUCUUUUGUUGGAAAAGAAAAGAAAAUUAGUUCAGGCAUACUAACUUAUCUCAACUUAGAAAUAAUACAACUGCGCAUUCUUGGAAUAUCACAAACAAUAUUUGGACAAUUAUCGAUUCUGAUGUUGCUCCUGAAGUUUGCAAAUCCAUAGAGGGUUUUAUAUUCUGCAAUAUAGAUAAAUUUAMAUGGUUUUAAUUAGCCAGCCGAAGAAAAUUUUUAUAAAGAAAGUAAUAAGGAAACAGUAGCAUAAACUUUACAGUAUUAAGGAUAAUUUUUAAAGAAUUAUGAAUAUUAUAUAUUUUUGAUAUGCGUACGCCAGCCAUUGGGCAUAUUUCAAGCAUGCGCAGUGCAUCUUCCUUUUUGCUGCAAUACAAAGAAAAUGAGGUCAGUGCUACAUUUAAAUGUCCCAAGCCUGUAACUCUGUAAGUCCUCCCUUACUAUAGUUAUGCAUUUAUCAUAGACAAUUUAGGGAGGGGAAGGAAGGGGAAUUCAUUUUCAGAAUGUUCUGGCAUACCACAGGAAGACCAAAUAAAGUUUCAGGCUGUUUCUUUUGAAUCGACAAAUUUGCUUGGCCUUGAUAUCCCAUUUUGUAGAUAAUUAUAAUUCAUUUGUAUUCAAGCUUAAUUUCCCAGUAAACUAUUGAAGAGAAUUUGUUGUUAGGCAGCAAUAAAUGUAGAUUUUAUACAUGAAUAUAUUUUAGUGUACUUGGAAUAAAUCAUGCUACUUUCAAAGUA